AUGUUGUCAAAAUCUUUUAAAUUCUUAACAUUUGCUCUUUUAAUUAUUACGAUUUUAUUGAAUGCUUUUAUCAAUGCAUCACCAAUUCUCUCAGAAAAACGUGCAGUAGUCAAUGUUGCUAUUGCAAGAUUUGAUAACGGCGGUAAUGUAAAAAGAGUUUCUGGUGAAAUCCAGUUUGCACAGAUUUCAAAAACAAUUACACGUAUAACUGGACAAUUCAACACUGGUUUUAUAAGUAAAAAUAAAAAUGAUUACGAAUUCUUCAUUGUUAAUGAUGAUGGUAAAGUAAUAGUCAAUCUUACUGAUGAAAUUAGAGAUCAAUUGUUUAUUAAUAGCCCUGGAACCGGACCAUUCGAAUUUGACAAAAAACUCAAAGUUAGAGAUAUAGUGAGUUUCGUGGCUCUUGCAGACUUCUGUGGUGAAGAAAUCGGAAAAAUGGAAAUCGAAUCUGCAUCU